GAGUGGUUGAAGGAUAGAACGUUUGGCCCGAAUUCCAGUGGAAGCAGCCCUCUGGAAAGAAGAGCUCUGAAGUCAUGGCGGAGAAACCUAAGCUUCACUAUACCAGAGGAAGGGGGAAGAUGGAGUCAAUCCGGUGGCUGUUAGCAGCAGCUGGGGUUGAAUUUGAGGAAGAAUUUAUAGAAAAAGAAGACCUAGAAAAAUUACGCAAUGAUGGAUCCCUGUUGUUCCAGCAAGUGCCCAUGGUGGAAAUCGAUGGGAUGAAGAUGGUGCAGACUAGAGCCAUCCUCUGCUACAUAGCAGGGAAAUACAAUCUCUAUGGGAAAGAUCUGAAGGAGAGAGCCUGGAUUGAUAUGUAUGUGGAGGGAACAACAGACCUGAUGGGAAUGAUCAUGGCUCUCCCUUUUCAAGCAGCCGAUGUGAAAGAAAAGAAUAUUGCCUUAAUCACUGAACGAGCUACAACCAGAUACUUUCCUGUUUAUGAAAAGGCCUUAAAAGACCAUGGUCAGGAUUAUCUUGUUGGCAACAAGCUAAGCUGGGCAGACAUCCACCUGCUGGAAGCCAUUUUAAUGACAGAAGAACUUAAGUCUGAUAUACUCUCUGCAUUCCCUCUGCUACAGGUUAGUGAUCAUCUGAUCUCAGCAUGGAAUGUAACAUACACAUUUCACUGCCCAGCUUUAAAAGCUCAUUGAUGUUUAAAAGUCUUU